AUGGAGCCACAACGUCCAGCGGUCGCUCGGAAAGACCACCGGCUUUCUACCGAGUCCCUCGUCUCCGACAAGGGCGCCCCGCCGCUCUCGGAGGCGGCGGUUCGAGACGUCGCACUACGUAUCGACUUGCCUGCGCCGCCCGCGCCCGCACCGCGGCGCACGAGCGGCCGCGUUGCGAGCGUCGCACCAGAGACCAAGGCGGCUCUCUCGCGCGCCAAGCGGUACGGCCGAGAGGUGCUCGGUCGGCGCGUGCGAGUCUUCUGGCAUGAGGAGCAGACCUGGUACACGGGACGCGUCAAGGACUUCACUGAGAUGGAGGCGCUCGGCCACCUGCAGUGGGAACCGGACGAGGCUGCUGCCGCUGCUCCUGCUGCCAAGCGUGGACGCGCAGACCGGACUAGCGAUCCGGCCAAGUCUGCCACCACUGCCGCCGCCGAGAGGGACCCGCACGAGAUUGUGACGGCAAUCGUGUGCGACGGCUGCGAGGGCGAGUUCGAGCUGCCAGACGGCAUUGUCGUGCCGGAGGGCGAUUGGUUCUGCGCUGCUUGCGCGCCCGCCGCGCCCAAGUCCGCCUCUCCGCCGCGCAAGCGGCCGCGGCAGGGGGCGGCAGAGCCGGCGCCCAAGGCUUCGGCAGCGCCAAAGGCGACCGCACCCAAGGCGGCGGCGGAGGCGGUGCAGGCGGCGGAGGCGGAGGCGGCGGCUCCGGCGGAGGCGGAGGCGGCGGCUUGGGCGGCGGAGGCGCGCGUUUGGCGGCUUGCGACCCGCGGCCCGCUCUGCCACGUGCCCACGCUCCUGGAGCACGUGGGACGGGAGUCCGCGCCGGCGGGUGGCUCGCUUGCUCCAGCCAAGCUGACAGCGGUGGUGCUCUCGUGGCUCUGGCACGGGGCACUGCAGCCCGCCCGACCUGCAGCCGCACCUGCUGCGAGCGCGGCCCUCCGGGCGGCGGCUGCGGCGGCGCCGGCGGCGCCGGCGGUGGCAGACACAGCCGCGCGCCACGAGCAGCUCGCGCCGACGCUGCGGAGUUUGCUCGCCGAGAUGGCGCCGGCGCGGGAGGGGGAGGCGGCGGCGGCGGCGGCGGCGCGUUCACACCGGGCGGUGCCUGUCCUCCGGAUCGUCAUCGACGCGAUGCGCCGCAGCGUGCUCUCUCCCGUCGCUUCGAACGUCGCUUCGAGCGAGGAGGUUGCCGUGGCCGCAUGCGCCUGCCUUGCCAGCACCAACCCGCGCGCUGGCGCGGCGGCGGCCGCGCUGAUCGACGCGCUGUGUGCGGCCGGCUCCGAGACAGUUCCGAGCCACUUCCGAGCCAUUUCCAAGACGGUGCCCACGGAGGCGGCGGGCUUGCUGUGCUCGCUCCUCGAGUCUCCUUCCAUCGGCGGAAAGCAGAGCCCCUACUUCGGCGCCGUUGACGGCGCCGCUGCCUCUGCCACGCUCGCCGAGGCCCUCCCACCGCUGCUGCGGCUGCGGCCGAAGCGGCCCGCCGCCGACGGCGUGCUCAUCCUGCAAGGCGCGCUUCUCUCUUGCGCCGAGGCGCGCGGGCUGCUCGACGGGCGGGGAGAGGGACCCGGCCAGCUGACUGCCACCUCGCGUGCGGCGCUGGCUGCGUCGUGCGGGGAGCUCGCCGCGUGGGCAGAGCGGCACCGCGCCAGCGGCCACGCCUCUCUCGGCUCUGGCUUUCGGCACGCACAGGCGCGGCUCGCGGGGCCCGAGUAGCUGCCUCGUGUCUCGAGAGAAAGGAAUCGUCAAGCGAGUGCAAGCGCUCCCCAAGGCCCACAAAAAACGAGAGUUCGAUACUCUGCUUGCUGUACACAGACACACACAACUGCUGAGUUCCUUUGAUAUUGACCUUUAAAAC